CGACUAAUUUCAAUAACUUCCUACAUUUUUCGUAUUUGAGGGAUUUCUUACAGAUGCAGACAUUAUGUAGGAAAAAUUAAGUUGAUCUAUUACAGUACUGACUCUAAGGUCCACGUUCUGUUGAUACUGUGUGUUUAUUAAAUGAAGCUCCAUUUAAAGAAUAAAGAUGAAGUAAUUCUGCAAUGAAUAGAAGAAAACACGUGAAGGAUAAGGACAACAGGGAGAUCAUAAUUCAAGAUGAUUUAAUGCAAGAUGGAGAUCAUAUAAACCAGUCCGUUUUAAAUAUUCAAUCAGAAUGUAAAGAACUAAACAAUGGAUGUGGGGGUGGGACUCAGUUGAUCAAAAAACAACACAAAAGAUCUCAGACACAUACAGGAUCAGGAACUUAUGUUUUUACCAAAUGUAAAGAAGGUAACAAUGGCAAUGGAAGGAAAGAUUCAUGUAAUAGCAAUGAUGAGACCUUUAUUGUGUAUCAUGAUGAAGCCAUCAAUGUUAGUAAUGUUUAUGGAGGAAAGGAUAAAGUCAAAACAGACGGACCACCAAGACUUUUGAUUAUUUCCAGUAAAGUUCGGAAUAGUUCAGUCAUAAGACAUGCAUUAUUGUCUAAUGUUAUACACGUGCAAUAUAAUUAUGAAGCCCAUACAUUGGAAGAUAUAUUGGAUUUUGUAAGCCAGUGUUUAGGAAAUAAGAAAGUGACUAGUAUGGCUCUUGUAUUUUCCUGCAAUAGUACAGCAAUACAGUUAUGUGCAAAGGAAGAAAGGGUAUUAUCAAAAGAUUCAGUGAGUGACCAGCAUAUUAGAGAAUUUUUUAGUGCUCUGAUUGAGAGAUGUAUUGAUAAAACCCAACAUGGUACAAGAGUAGAUUUUCUAGCGUGUUCAGCUUAUCAACAACUUGAUAUAAAAACAUUAUCACAGGAUUUAGAGACGCUGACAGGGGUUGCCUUCGGUUUUGCUAAAGAUUUUGUAGGAUUUGAUGGAAAGGAAGAUGGAAAAAAUGCCAGUGUACCUGGAGAAUUGUAUUUUCGAUUAGAGAAGUUACGAUUUUGGAGUGGAAGACAUCAACAAUCUCUGGCAGGAUUUGAAAAAAUCCGAACAGUUGGUAAAGGAGCUUAUGGUACUGCUGUAUUAUAUAAGAAAAAAGAUGAUGAUUCUGUUGUUAUUCUGAAAGAAAUCAACAUGCAUGAUUUAACAGCUGCUGAAAGACAAUUGGCUUUAAAUGAAGUAAAUGUUUUAGCCAUGUUAGAUCAUCCUAAUAUUAUCAGUUAUUUUGAUAGUUUUGAGGAAGAUGGAGUUCUCAUGAUUGAAAUGGAGUAUGCUGAUGGCGGAACAUUAAAACAGUUUUUAUAUCAACAAGAACAGACAUAUUUAGAAGAGAAAGUUAUAUUAGUCAUGUUUCAACAAAUAGUAGCAGCUAUUAGAUAUAUACACGAACAUAAAAUAUUACAUAGAGAUUUAAAAACAGACAAUAUAUUUCUGACUAAAGAAGGAGUUAUUAAAGUGGGUGAUUUUGGUAUAUCUAAGAUUGUGACUUCCGUUCAGGGAGCUCAUACGGUUCUAGGUACACCUUAUUACAUCAGCCCUGAAAUGUGUGAAGGUAAACCAUACAGUUAUAAAUCAGAUAUUUGGGCAUUGGGUUGUAUUUUAUAUGAAAUGGCUUGUUUACAGAAAACCUUUGAAGGUACAAAUCUACCUGCUUUAGUUAAUAAAAUCAUGAAGGGUCAAUUCGCACCUGUUAAAGAAAGGUACAGUGCUGAAUUCAGAGGAUUAAUUUUAGAUAUGUUACAGAAUGAACCUGAAAAACGACCAGAUGCUACAGAAAUCUUGUACCAAAGACAUCCUCCGUUAUUGGCCAAAUUUGAUGACCCAGCAUCCGACCCGGAAGAAGAACUGACUGCUUCGACAGAAAAUAUCAGCAAAAAAAUUAAAAUAAGUCCGAGGAAGAUGGAGAAAAGAUCUGUGAUGUAUUAUCUAGAGGCAUCUACUGGUGUUUUAACUUGUAUAACAGAUUUACCAGCAAGACUCAAGAUAAAAAAUGCGGCUGUUGGACCUGAUCAUGUGAUAGUUGUAACUACUGAAGGUCAAGUACUCAGUUGGGGUGAAGGUUCAAAGGGUCAACUUGGUCAUGGUAAUACUGAAAGUAAAUGCCGUCCCGAACUGAUUGAUGCUCUUAAAGGAAAAUCUAUUUCUUCAGCAUGUUGUGGAGAUGGGUUUAGUAUAUUUAUAAGUGAUAAUGGUCUAGUAUUAACAUGUGGUCAAGGAUCUACAGGAUGUUUAGGACAUGGUGAUUGGACUGAUUCUUAUAAACCAAGAUUAAUAGAAGGCUUAUUACGGGUUGAUGUUGCUGCCGUGUCUUGUGGAUCACAUCAUGUAGCUGCUGUUGGCAGUAGAGGUCAAAUUUUUACUUGGGGUCAAGGGUUAGAUGGGAAACUAGGGCUUGGAGAUGAAGAAAAUUAUUGUCAACCUAUGCUGGUAACAAUUGAAGAUGCAGUAAUGUUCCAAGAUGUCCGCUGUGGUGUGGAUGGGACAAUGUUUCUGACAGAUGUUGGAGGGGUUUUUGCUUGUGGAAGAAAUGAAAAUAAUAAAUUAGGUCUGAACAACAGACAGGGUUUUCUUAUGGCAAUGAAAAAUAUAUUUACAAAGACUGAAGUUGAAGGUAGAAAUAUACCAACAGCAGUACGUGUGUUAGCUAGACAUCGUGUUAUAGAUAUAUCAAUGGGAUCACAUCAUACAGCUGUUAUAGUAGAAUCAGGUCAUGUUUAUAUGUUUGGUAGAAACUCUGAAGGUCAACUAGGUACUGGAAAUACUAAAGCACCUAAUGCACCAGUUGAAGUUAAAACUCUGGCAGAUAAAUCUGUUAAUAAAGUGCUGUGUGGAGAACAUUUUACUGUAGCCAGUACUAAAGAUCAUGAAUUAUAUUACUGGGGAUUAAGAUAUACAGUACCUAGUACAUUAGAUGAUAGUACUAGUCGUUCUAGCACUAAUGGUAGUCUAUCUAAUAAUUCACAUACAGCUAAAGAUGAUGUUAAAAUAGAGAAUAUAACGCCCAGACCAACUACCGCUAAAGGUCAUCAUAGACAAUCAUCUACAGCUAGUGUUACUAGUAAUACUGGUGGUGAUAUUCCACAUGAUAGUGGUGUAAUGCUAGAUGGUACAACAGAAGAUACUGAAAGUAAAACAGCUAAAAGACAGAUUAGUUGUGAAAGUUUAUCACAAGCUGAUAGUGGUGCUCCUUCUUCAGCUGGUGAUAGUUCAUCAGGAUUUAGACCACUCAGUAGUGUUCCUCAUAGAUCUUUAAGUGCUGGUAGUAGAGAAAAUGUUAAAGAUAAAGAAAAAGACAAAGAAAAAGAUUCAACUAAAGACGAUUCAGUUAUACUCUUAGAACCUAAAGAACUGAUACGUAUAAAGCAAGUAAAUGAAAAGGUGUUGUUGGGUAAUUUUUUCUGUCAUGGGGAAAAUUUAUUUAUUCAAGUGGAGACAACUGCACCUCCACCCAGACGUAAAACAUUGAAAAAGAGAAGUUUGAGGAGAAGGUUAAAUAUGACAGUAUUCCCUGAUGGUACUAGGGAAGUAUCAGCAUCAAGUAGAGAAGGUGGUGAUGAAUAUUCAUCAGAAGCAUCAGAAAUUGAUUCACAAGGAUCAAUACCAGCAUGGUUAAAAGAUGAAUUAGAUAAUUGUGAUGAAGAUGCUAUAGUAUAUGAAGCUGAUGAUACCAGUGAUCCAUCUAGUAGUGAUGAGCUACGUAGAGGAAUGGUGGAUAGUUCAUUCUCUAGUAUACAAGUUAAUAAAGAACUCAAUUUAGUGAAAGGAACAGAAAGUAGAAAAAGACUGGAAGAAGCCAAGAAAUUUUUACAAACACCUCGAGAUAAAGAUAAAUCAUCUCAGGAUGUUAUAUAUAGUAGAAGUCGUACUUUAUCUAAUAACAGUACUGAUGGAGCAGUAUAUGACAGUAGUUCUAGUGAACCUACUCUCGGUAAAAGUACAACAACACUGACUAGACAUGCUGUGUCAGCUACUACUAGAAAAACUACAGCUUCAUCUCUUGUUAAACCAAAAUCAGCACAAAGUUUAAAACCCAGUAGUAAGCUACGAUCACAAACCAAAAAUAAAACAAAAAGCUCUAAUCCAGAAUUAAAAGAUCAGUUAGAAGCUAGAGGUUUUGUAUCUGAUGUAACUGUUAAACGAAGAGAAGAGGCCUUGUUGAGUGAAUUAGAACAUAUGAAAUCAGAGCGAGCGAAGGCUGAAAAAUUAAUACAAGAUAUGGAAGAAGAGAGACAUUCACGUUUGGAACAGAUGAAACAAGAAGCACAAAAACAUGUUGAGGAACGGGAGAAAGGUUUACAGAAUGAAGUAGAGAGAUUAAGAAAACAAUUAGAUUAUCAAUCAUCAUUAUUAGAAAAUAAUCAACUAACAGUGCAUCAAUUACAGGAACAAUUAAAUCGACUACAAAGUGACCAAGGCAGCUUAUCUAAUACAAGUACUCCAAGAAAUACUAGUACACCAAGAAAUACUAGUACACCAAGAAAUACAAGUACACCCAGAAAUAUAAGUACACCCAGAAAUUCCAGUACACCAAGAAAUAGUGAUGCUUCAUCAAUAUCACAGAAAAGUAGUAAAGUUUGUUCAUUACAAUGAAUGAAUUAUGCAUGUAAUAAUCAUUCUUAUAUUCUAAAGCAAUAUAUACAUUCAGUCAUUAUCAGUCAUUAUUUAUUUAAGUAUGUAAAUAUAUACAUGUUGUUAGAAAUAUCGAGUUAGUUGUGCCUGUAAGAAAGCAUCAAUUUCAUUUUAUUACAUGUACUGUAUGAAGAAGCAUAAUAUUAUAACAUUUACAUUGUAUUGAAUUUGCUAUGAGAAAGUAUAAAUUUUAUUUUAUUACAUGUAUUUUAUAUUGAUUUUACCAUGAAAGAGCAUAAAGUACUGUAUGAAAUAGCAUAAACUACAUAUUAUAACAUUUAUAUUGUAAUGUAUUGAGUUAGCCGUGAAAAGGCAUAAACUACAUUUUAUUACAUGUACUGUAUAUUGAGUUAGCAGUAAGAAAGCAUAAACUACAUUUUAUUACAUUUACAGUGUAUUGAGUUUGUUUUGACAGCAUAAACUGAAAUAAUAGUAAACAAUUUCAAUUCAUAAAAUUAUAGGAAAGGUUACCUUGUUUGAUUUUAACGUUUAUCUAACCUACUUGAGACAGGAUGGGGUUUAUAGUUCACUCAACACAAACUAGGUCAUUUCGGGACUAACAUAUGGUACAAUUUUAUUGCAAUAAUUCACUUGGACAUAGGGGGUCUCUAUUAAAUCUUUUGACCACCCAACCCCAAUCGAAUUAGCACAAUAUGAUUUAUAUAGUCAUAUAUGCGUAAUAAAUCAAAGAUGAUGAUGUCACAAUAAAUAUUUCUACUGUAAAUAAAAUAUUAGAUGAUUUGAUUAGCAGUGUUUACCAACAUAGUCUUUCACUAGUUUUGUAAAUCUUUUAGUAUUGCCGAGCAUAGUGUACUUAUUCCCAUGUAAAUUGUUUUGGGUGUUUUUUAGUAUUUAACAAAUUUCUUUUUAUACAUAUACUUUUUAUUGAGGUGCACAAAUUCAGAUAAUAUCAAAAUGUAUAUAGUCAUAGAAAAUAUCACCAUCAUCAAAAUCACAACCAUCAUCAUCAUCAUCAUCAUCAUCAUUAUUUAUAAAUCAUUGUCCACAAUUCAUAAUUACAAGAUGUUAUUUUCAUAUUAUUAGAUUAGUAUCAUUAUACUUGUAUUUUGUAAUAUAUAUAUAUUUGAUGUGUUUUCUGUCACACACUUAUUAUAAUAUAUCAGGAACAUUCUUUGUAAUUAAAUAUGCUGCUGAGGUUAGUGAGUCUUUAGUAAAACUGGUCAUUUCCUCCAACCAACCCCCUUCAUCUUGGAUUGUUUCAUUACACCAACCCCUUCAUUUUAGGUUGUUUCAUUCCGUCAACCACUUCAUCCUGGGUGGUUUCAUUAUGCCAACCCCUUCAUUUUAGAUUGUUUCAACCACUUCAUCCUGGGUGGUUUCAUCACACCAAGCCCUUCAUCAUGGUGAUUUCAUCCCACCAACCACUCCAUCAACCCCUUCAUUAUAGGUGGUUUCAACCCACCAACUUCUCCAUCCUGGGUGGUUUCAUCCCACGAACCACAUCAUCCCACCUAUAUUCUUGAUAUAUUUGAUCAUGAACAUGUAUAUGUUGAUUUAGUUUAAGAUGGCUUAUAAAUAACAGUGAAUGAUUUUAAACAAAUAUCUGCUACUUUUCAGUCUCUAUGCUGAAUAUUGGACAUUUAAUUACAUUUGCUGUAAUCAUAUAAAGGCUUACAGUGGUAUCUAAUGAUAUGGAGUAAUUAAUCAUUAACAAUAUACUUUUCUGAAUUAAUGUUUAAAGAUACAUUAUGGGAGAUAAGAUAACGAGAUGACAGUUCUCGCUAUAAUAGUUAAAAACUAGAUAGUGUAACGGUAAUUUGCUGAAAAUUUCAGUCAAAUUGAUCCACUAUGAGCCGAGAAAGAAGCGGGUGAAAUUUUGGCAUAGUCUCGGUCAUCAUUACUAAAAUCAUUAAUAUAAACAGCUUAGUCUCGAUUAUCCACUUUUAUUGAUUUAAUUAUCAACGGCCGUUAGCGGCAUAUAGGAAUCUAAUCCAGCCAACAUCGAAGGCUAGCCUUGACAUCAAGAGUUUAUUAUGGUCUGGAUAAGUUAAUUAAUGUUUAAUUGAUAAUUUAGAUAACAUUUCAGGCCUAAAGAAAGACUUUUAAUAAGCAGAUUUUGCUCUUGCAUAAUGCAUGUUUAAUAAAAGAGCUUUGAUAAUACCCAUAAAACAACAAUAAUAAUCAAAUAUAGACAGUUAAGUAGGAUGAAACUACCUCAGCCUGAACGGGGUUUUGAGAGGAAUUACCAGGACGUUCUAUUUAUGGCUCCAUUUGGUGGGUACUACUGAUUUAUUUUCACCUGUAAAAGACAGACUAAUUAAAUUAUAAAAAAGUGGUUUUGAUUUUCAGCUAUGUGUUUAUCAUAUUCAAAUUGAUUUUAACUGGCAGCUUUAAUGUAAAAUUCUGUGGAAGAUUCUUACAGAUCUGAUUUUGUUUGCUUUUGUAACCUAUGCUACUAAACAUGUGAUAUACCUAUAUUUUAUUUGAGAUUUGAAAAUAUUUUAAUUUUGAUAUCUACAUGAUUUUAGACUACAUUUUGAUUGUUCAAAGCCAUGUAACUACAUGCGAAAUUGGUAACUACAUGAAUACCCAUUAAGAUAUAAAUAUUGCUUUGUUUAAAUCCCAAUAUUUAUAUUUGAAAUACUGUCUCGGCAUGAAUCGGCAGUUUGGAGAUGUUGAAAAACUGCCAUUUUGUCACUACAGUAAUUUAAAGGAAUAUCACCAUAUAAGAAUAUUCAACAUGUUUUUUAUAGCUUUAAUUUAUAUAUAUAAUUUGAAGAUAGAUGACUUGUUCCCUAGCCCAUUUGAUGGUUAUAGUGAUGGUUGGUAUUCAGUUUUGAAAUCUGAAUCAUUUACCAUUCUAAUGAUGGAUCUCCGACCUUUCUAUGAGGUAUUUAUCCAUAACAAUAUAUUUCUAAUUUGUUAGCCUUGUGUAUCUUCAUUAUUUGUAGAAAGAUCUUGGUUACCUGCUAGCAAAAGAAAAUAUUUCAUAUAUGAUCUACGUGACAAUAAUUGUGUUCCAUUUUUGUCAGUUUUG